AUGUUCCUUUUUACUAGGAAAACCGUCAGAAUCCCCACUUACAUCCAGGGGGAGGCCGAAGACCCGGUUGACCUUCAAAUCAAGUCGCUCCAAUACAUGUUCAACCGGUUGCAAGUGGAAAAUCUAGUGCCUUUUCUGAACAGUAACGGCGGAUACGAACUCAAAUACAAACCUGGCCUUUCCCCGGAAUUAGUCACUGAUAUUAUCAAUGACAAAUUGGACGUGAUGUACAAUAAGGCCGGGAUGGAACAGACAUUGGUGGAAGACGAACACCGCAUUUUGGUGGAUUUUGCCAAAAACAAGUUCCGCACGCUUUGUAUCCUCAGCGGUACUCCACACAGAAUCAAACGUCUUCCGGAGUUGAGUUCCAGCAAGGGCAAUCCGUUUGGCUUUUCCGUUUUGAAGCCUUCCGCAUCCGAUGACGAGUACGUGCAAGCUCUCGCCUCAUCAAAUAUUUACUUUGAGCACACCAGCAUAGACAUGGCGCAGCGUGUAGAGCUUGCAUGCGCGGUGGUGGCGGCGCGAAGGGGCGCGAGCGCCAAAACGUUUGAUAAAGACGACCGCGCGUUCAUCAUUCGCGAGUACUUGACAAAAUUGGCAUUCGAUGUUCAGACCCAACGAAUUUACAGAGCAUCUAUGGUGAGCCAGAAACAGGUAUUAGCGGUCCCCUCACGUCUGCCUUCGCGGUCUCCGUCGCCCUCGCGCCUCCAGAACCAAAGAUCGAUAGGCGAUUUUAGAUCUUUGGCUGCCUCGAACUCCCCGUUCUUAAAGCUCCCGUCUCCAAUAAGCUCUACCCAGGAUUUGAAACCCCAUAUCCCUGGAGAAACCAGAGCGUUGCCGGGAAAGGCUGCGUUUACUGUUCAGAACACCCCCAACCUCCAAUUCCCAGCCUUUGCUCUGCCACCUUUACUCAAGCCCCAUGUGUUGAAGAAAAAACAGUCGAUGGGUAUCUUAAAUGCCGACGCAUUGUACGCGCUCUCUGCCCUGCCGGUCAAACUGAAUGAACCAGCUCUGCUUGUUCAGUCUAGUGAAGAGAGGGCUGACCUCUUUGAGCAAUGCAAGUCUGCAGUAGUAAUCAAAAUCGACCGUGAGCGGAAACUUCUUAGGUCAUUAGCUGUUGAAAUUGGUCACGGGGAAGGUAUAGAGAACCUCUCCUAG